AUGCAUGAGACUAAUAAUUAUUAUUUCUGCAUUUUUAGAUAUAAUUCCUCCAUAAGUAAUAAUCUGUCACUACGUAGCAUACUUGAUGCUAACAAAUUAACUGGAACGAACUUCUUGGACUGGUAUCGCAAUUUGAGAAUUAUUCUUAAGCAAGAAAAGAGGUUGUAUGUUAUUGAUCAAGUCGUACCUGAUGUUCCUAAUGAGAAUGCUAGUGAUGCUGUCAAGAAUAAGUACAAUCGUUAUAUUGAUGAUAAUAUGCAAGCUGCAUAUGUGAUAUUAGCUAGCAUGAGUUCUGAGCUUCAGAAACAAUAUGAGAACAUAGAUGCUCACACUAUUAUAUUUCACGUUUUAUCAUGGACCAAUGAGUUCAAUAUUGACUUGGUCUUGCAAUUAUUGCCACCUAGCUAUGCUCAAUUUAUCAUGAAUUUUAACAUGCAUAAACUAGAUGUUGAACUACCUGAGUUGAUGAAUAUACUUGUAACUGCUAAGAAAUCCCUUAAGAAGGAAAAAGUAUCAGUUCUUCUAGUUUAUUCUUCUAAGGCUAAAAAAAAAGAAGCUCAAGAAGAAGUAGCAGAUAUAGUACUGAAGCCCACUGGAGGUAUCAAGAAAGAUGAGGGUACUUGCCAUCAUUGUGGCAGAGAAGGUUACUAA